AUGGAUUUCCACUUGGCUUUCUUGCUGCUGCAGGUGAACCUGAUCAACCAAGGAGCUCUUGAUGCUCCCUUCAGCUGCAUCCCUUCAGCCACAAAGGUGGGCUUGGGCUUCAAGUUGGCACCUCAGGAGGGCAUCAUUGCAGCACGUGGGAGCCAGACUCUCCAGAUCUCCUUCAGUGCCACCGUGUUGGGGAGGUUUGAGGAAGAAUUCCGGUUCAGUGUGGCUGGAUCUCCUACGCCUGCCAUCCUGACCAUCAAGGGCAGCGUCACUGGACCGAGUUUGCACUUCGACCUCCCUGAGCUCGACUUCGGGGACAUCUCCUUUGGCUUUCCCUACACCCAGCGCUGCCGGCUCACUAACAGCUCCCCGGUGCCCGUGACGUUCCAGCUCCGCAUGUCGUUCGAUGGCACGCAGCCGGCUGUGGACAGCGUGGAUCAGAUCCGCUGCCACAGUGACCCAGCCUGGAGGAAGGGCGUUCACUUGUAUGUGGAGCCCCGGGAGUUUACCAUCACUCCCAGCCAAGGGACCAUCCUGCCCCAGGGACACCAGGACAUCCAGGUGACCCUGUGUUCCAACUCGGUGAUGGAGUUCUACAGGAAAAUGCUGGUGGAUCUGGAGGGUUUUGGCAAGGGAGUGGCAUCACUGGUCAUCACAGCCAGAUGUCUUGUUCCUAAGCUGCAAGUGUCCCCCCACGUGCUGCAGUAUGAUGAGUGCCUCCUGAAGGUGCCCUACGAGAAGAAGUUCCUGAUUAGGAAUCCCAGCCACCUGCCUGGCUGCUACGGGCUUAUUGAACAGAAAUGCAAGGAGGACUCUGCUGUGCUCUACUCCAGCCCCAAGCCCUGUGGGAUUGUCCAGCCUCACAGCACUGCAGAGAUCCCAGUGCUGGUGGAAGUGCAGGCGCUGGGCGCGCAUCGCACCAAUGUUCUCAUCGGCGUGUUCGGGGAUGAGAGAAACCCACUGAGAAAAAAGUUAUGGAGCUCUGGACGGCUGGCAGAAACCUCCCCAAGCCCAAGGCUGAUGGAGUCUGGCAGGAUCCCAGCACUACAGCCGAUAGAUGAGCUUCACCCACCUAAAUUCAAUCCCCAGCCACCAAAGGAGAUGAGAACAUGUUUGGAUUGCCCAGCGUCUCGAUGGAGGCACUUCAAGGCUGGAAAGCAGGAGACAGCCCUGACUGAAGAGCAGGAUUUGACCCAGUCUUCAGGAGCAGAGGCUUCCAGUAUCCUGCCAGUGUCAGGUGUGCUGCAGCCAGGAGAGAGCCAGCAGGUCUCCUUGCCCUUCUCUGGCCACCUCAACAGCAUCUCCAGUGCCACGGCGCUGUGCCACGUGGAGGGAGGCCCCAGCUCCGAGGUGCUGGUGCCCGGGGAGGCCUCACGUGUCAGCUGCUCCCCGAGCCCCCAGGAGAUCAACUGUGGCUCUGGGGCACCUCUCAGGGAGAGAAGGGAGCUGAAGCGGCUGUCUCCAAAGCUUGAGGAGGAGGCAAAAGCCUUGGAGGAGGAAGAGAGGCAGAAAGAGAAAGAGAAGCAGAAGAAAGAAAAGAAGGGUGUCUCUGUGGGGAAGGAACCUCCAAAAGCAGAGAAGGGGAAAACCAAACCCCCAGAGAAGAAGGAAAGCAAGGCCCCAGAGAACAAGGACACCAAAAUCCCACCAAGGGAGGAAAUCAAAGAACCAGAGAAGAUGGAAAACAAACUUCCAGAAAAGAAAAACAAACAUCCAGAAAAGAAAGAAACCAGAUUCCCAGAGAGGAAGGAAAGCAAGGCCCCAGAGAAAAAGAACACAAAAGCAUUAGAGAGGAAGGAAACUAAAUUCCCUGAGAAGAAGGAAACCAAAGCCCCAGAGAGGACGGAAAGCAAACUCCCAGAAAAGAAAUACAAACCUCCAGAAAAGAAGGAAACCAAAUUCCCAGAGAGGAAGGAAAGCAAGGCCCCAGUGAAGAAGGACACCAAAGCAUUAGAGAGGAAGGAAACCAAAUUCCCAGAGAAGAAGGAAAACAAACUCCCAGAAAAUAAAUACAAACUUCCAGAAACAAGGGAAACCAAAUUCCCAGAGAGGAAGGAAACCAAAGUCCCGGAGAUGAAGGAAAUCAAAAGCCCAAAGAAGGAAAGCAAAGCCACAGAGAAGAAGGAAAUGAAAAGCCCAGAGAAGAAGGAAAGCAAAGCCCUAGUAAAGAGGGAAAUCAGAAUUCUAAAGAAGGAAACCAAAUCUCCAGAGAAGAGAAGCAAACCUCCAGAAAAGAAGGAAACCAAAUUCCCAGAGAGGAAGGAAAUCAAAAUCCCAGAGAAGGAAAUCAAAGCACCAAAAAAGAAGGAACCCAAAGCCCCAAAGAAGGGGGAAGCCAAAGCCUGAAAGAAGGGAGGAACCAAAAUCCCAGAGAACCCAGCUGAGCUGGAGAAGAACUCUUUAUUUUAUUCACACAACUUAUUUUAUACAGUUUGCCAAACCUAAUGUGCAACUUUAGGUAGUUAAUCGAUUUCUUAUUACUAGUUAUGCCAGUUAUU